GGCAGGUUUAGAGGGUGCAUCUCAUUAAUGAAGUGAAACGAAGCUGCAUGCUUGGGUAAGGAUUGUAAGUGGUGGUCAGUAGAAUUUUGUAUUGGAGCUUACUUAUUCCCCAGCAUGGAAGAAAAACGAAUUCUGUGCAUUGGACUUGUUUGUCUGGAUAUCAUCAAUGUUGUCGAUCGGUACCCGGAGGAGGACUCCGAUACAAGGUGUUUAUCUCAACGAUGGCAGAGAGGAGGGAAUGCCUCAAACUCCUCCACUGUCCUUUCCUUGCUAGGAGUUCCAUGCUCUUUCAUGGGUUCCCUGGCACCCAGCCGAGUAGCAGAUUUUAUUUUAGAUGACCUGCAGCGGUACAACAUUGAAAUAAAUCACACCAUUCUUCACCCAGGAUGUGAUUUCCCAGCUUCCAUUGUCAUCAGCAAUGUAUCAAAUGGAUCACGAACAAUCCUGCACAUGAACAGGAACCUCCCAGAUGUAACAGCUGAAGAUUUCGAAAAGGUGAACCUCUCCAACUACAAGUGGAUUCACUGGGAGGCAAGAAAUGCAUCUGAGCAGGUGAAAAUGAUCCAGCAAGUGGAGCAUUACAAUGCCAGUGUUUCAUCUGACCAGAAAAUCACCAUUUCUGUAGAGAUUGAGAAACCGCGAGAAGACUUGUACCAGAUGUUUAGCUAUGGAGAAGUGGUAUUUGUCAGCAAAGAGGUUGCCAGAGAUUUUGGAUAUGAGUCUGCCUGUGCAGCUGUGAAGGGUCUUUACAGUCGUGUGAAGAAAGGGGCAUAUCUUAUCUGUCCAUGGGCAGAUAAGGGUGCAGAUGCAGUUGGCCCAGAUGGAAUCAUUGUGCAUUCUGAUGCCUUCUCUCCAGAAGUUGUUGUAGACACUUUAGGAGCUGGUGACACCUUCAAUGCCUGUGUAAUCUGUGCACUGUCACGUGGGCAAAGCUUACAGGAAGCGCUGGUGUUUGGAUGCCAGAUUGCUGGAAAAAAGUGUGGAGUUCAUGGCUAUGAUGGGAUUGUUUGAGGAGUCUUGUUUGCUACAACCAUCAGACAUCUCCCCAGGACCAUAGUGUUUGUGAGAGAAAGUAAAAUGCAACUAAAAUCAUCCAAACUGGAUUGAAGGAAUGUCUGCAUUGCUGAGAUGACGUUACUUGUCCUGGAAAUGGUUCUGAAGAAGCUACAGACAUACAGAAAGAUUGCAAGACAUGCAAUCUUUGAAAAGUGUGGCAUUUUAAGACCUUUAUUAUGCUAUUUAAAAUAUUUCUAGUAUCUGUAUUUUGGCAUAGUAUGAAUAUUAUCUAUGAAAAAAAAUUGCAAGCAAAAAAAAAAAAUAAUAAUUGCAUUAUUUCAGAGCAGUGUUGUAGGUAACAACCUUAAUUGAGCAAAUAUUAUUUUACAACAAUUAGAUCAAACUAAUAUGACUGCUUGCAGAAAUUACAUAAAUGAGACAAAUCAGUGCAUGAAAUUUAGCCUGCAGUACAAUCAGUUGCAGUAAAAUAUUUAACACCCCUAGCUGAUCAACUAAAGGAAAUAUUAGCAGUAACAUUCAGUUGCAGGAAGAAAAUAUUGGAGAGGACAGGCAAGCAUCCCCUCCCCGAACUGACUGCAUAUUUUGUGGAAGAAGUGUGUGGGAGUCACUGUUCAGUCCUGGCUUGUCUUGCUAGGAGUUGUCUAAGUGGUGUGGCAUUCCCACUUAGUUUGACAGAUCAAGAAUGGCUGUCAGCACAGGUCUAUGGCAGGGAAGUGGGAAUGCAGGCGUGAAAGGCAUAAUGUUAUUGUGGGAUGGGAACAUCACCUUAAUGUCAGUAGAAAAGGACCACAGAUGCACCUAGUUUCAGUGGCUCCCAUUCUAAUUAAGUCUGUAAAGAGUGUCCUGAUACCCACCCUCUAGCCUUCCUACAGUCUGUGUAGUACAGCAGCAUCACCUCUGCCCUCCCCAGCAGUCUGUUCCUUUUAUCAUUCCUUUGAGUGCUCCUGUGAGCCUUUCAGUGAACAGUGAUAUUUAGACUUUAUUUUCUUUUCUGGCAUCCUUAUCCCAUUCUUUGCACAUCUUCUGUAUCAUUCUGUCCUUGCUAUUUACAUUCCGACUUAUCACUAUAGUCAGUACAGUCACGAUGGGUACUUGUGGAUGCUAACUGACUGAAGCUUUGUCAUACUGUUGGAUGUUUUUUUUAAUCUGGAGUUGAUAUAUUCAGCGAUAGGCCAAAAUGUUUCAGCCACAGAAUAGCUUGUAUUGGUAUGGUAGUCAUAAAAUUUCUUCGGUGUCACUGUUAUUGUCAGCUGACCCACUCCACUCCUUCUGCCCUAUUCCUUGGUAAUAAAGACUGUUUAGAACUAGCUUCUUCAGCA